UAGAUACUAUUUUUUUUAUUGGUAGAUACUAUUAAUAUCCCCACUUUGUAUGUGGAAAAACUGAGGUACAAAUCAGUUGAGUGGUUUUCCUAAGAAUCACAUGCUCAGGCAGUCCAGUGCAGGAGCUCAUGAUAUUUCCAGUAGUGCCAUACUGCCUCUCACAGAAUAAAAAAAGAUGGCAUGAAACAAGGUUUGGAAAGGUAGCUUAAGGCCGGGUUACGUAGAUCCUUACAGACCAUGGUAGGAGGUUUAGAUGCUAGUUUAGGAGCAUUCUAGCUUUCAGAACUAUGAGAGAAUAAAUUUCUGUUGUUUUAAGCCACCCAGUUUGUGGUAAUUUGUUAUGGUAACUCUAGGAAAUAAAUAAAUCAGGUUUCAGUGAUGAGAUGGACUUUAUGUUGAGUUGACGUCAACACUCUGGAACAGACAGAACCUUAGUUCUCCAUUUUUGACUUCACAGUCCUUGAUAUUUGAACACAUCUAUAAUAUUCUUUUUUUCUGUUUUAAAAUAGUUCUCAUUUCAGAUUGUUUACAGACAUUUUGUCAUCUUGUUGUUUUUGUUAGCUGCCAUAGAGUUGGCUCCUCACUCGUGGUGACCCCAUGCACAGGGAAUGGGGCCACUGCCCAGUCCUAUGCCAUCUUCAUGAUUGGAUGGGCAAUCAAACCAUUUUUCCGUGGAGCUUUCAUUGGCCGAUUUUGGGAGGUGGAUUGCCAGGCCUUUCUUUGCCAUCUUGGUCUGGAAGUUUUGCUGGAACCACUUCAGCAUCGUAGCCACACACAAGCCUCCACAGACAGAUUGGUAGUGGCUGUGCAUGAGUCUGACCUGGGAAUUGAACCUGAGUCUCCAAUGUGGAAGAUGAAUAUUCUACCACUGAAUCACCAGUGCUUUAUUUUUCACCACCUUAAUCCCCUUUAAUUUCUCUCUUCAACUGAGGCAUCCUUUGGAACUCAGCACUCCUAGGUCAUUGUUACCCAGUUCUACAUUUCAAACACGUAGCAAGCAUUCACGUGGUUAGGAUACUUCAAGUUUAUAGACAAAGUCUCAAGUCUUUUUGUAUGAACCAUUGUGUAAUGAUUCAUUUGUGUAAUGGAUUUUUUGUACUUAAAUGCAAGACUUUGCACUUAUUUUUAUUAGAGUACCUUCAUUGUGGGUUCAGCCUGCUGAGGACAUUUCGAGUCCUGAUUCUGUUGUCCAGAAUGUAUCUAUUUCUCCCACGGAUGCCCUGUAUUUAUGAACUUGAUAAGCAUUUCUUCUUUGUGUUCAACAAAAUCAGUAUUCAACUGGGCCAAGCACAGAGCUCCAUGGAAUCCUCUAGAAACAUCUUCCAUAUCUGUCAGAGUUCUUUGAAGUUCCUGAGCCAACCAUUUGCCUGAAUCCAUUUCUAGAACAUAAACUCCUUAAGGGCAGUGUCUGUGCCCAGCAUGUGGUUGGCACUCAAUAAAUACUAAUGGCAUAAAUGCAAAGGAAAAAAAAAAAUCAGGUUUCUAAGUCCCCAGGAGACUGGGUAGGGAGAGAGAAUAGGUCCUGGAGAUGGGUAUAGAUAACAGCAAGAAGCAUCAGUUGUUAAUAGUCUUAGGCAAAAAAAAAUUUUUUAAGACUUUGAGCGGUGGUGACAUCGUUGCCUGGGAAUUAGUAACACGAGGUAAGAGUUCCUACAAAUUAAAAGAGCUUUCUCAUUCAUUUAACAGAUACUGCUUGCCACCUUGCCUGGUAUUGUAGAUACAAGGGUGAACAAAAUGGGCAUGGCCCCUGUCCUCAUAGAGCUCGCAGUUGGGGAAUGAGAAUAGACUUCGUUAUGAUUAGUGUUUGCAUGCUAUAUCUUAAUUCAUGUUUGUACUUUUAAACUGUUUUUAUAUUUAAAAAUGGUUUUCUUAUAAGCAUAAUAUAGUUGGGUGUUGAUUUAUAUCCAAUUUGACAAUCUUUGCCUUUAAAUUGAAGUGUUUACACCACAUGCAUUUAAUGUGAUUACUGAUAUGGUCCAGUUUAAGUCUACCAUCACGUUUAUUUUCUAUUCCAUUUGGUCCCCUUUUCCUGUCUCUUUCCGUUUGUUUGUGUCUGUCUGUCUCUCUCUGCCUUAUUUUGGAUUAAUCAAGUAUUUUUUAUUAUUCCUUUUAUCCCCUUUGUUGGCUUGUUUACCUUUUUUUUUUUUGGUUGUUUUUUAAUGGUUCCUCAGGGUUUAUAGUAUACAUCUUUAACUUACUACAUUUUGUUUUAGAACGCAAUAGUAUAAUGCUAUCUACCUUUCACCUUUGUGGUAUUAUUGCCAUAUAUUUUACUUCUAUUAAUUUAAAAAGUCUGCAAAAUUAUUAUUAUUUGUGAUUUAAACAGUCAGGUAUCAUCUAAGGAGGUUUAAAGAUUUUUUUAAAUUAUGUUUACCCAAUAUUUACCAAUUUGAGGUGCUCUUUAUUCCUUUGAGUAUAUUCAGAUUUUUAUACGGUAUCAUUUUUCUUCUAUCUAAAACCCAAUACAGGUCCACUGGUGAUGAGUUCUUUCAGCUUUUGUAUGUCUGAGAAAGUCUUUAUUUUACUCUCUGUCUCUCUUUUUAAUUGUACUUUAGGUGAAGGUUUACAGAACAAACUAGUUUCUCAUUAAACAGCUAGUACACAUACUGUUUUAUGACGUUGGUUGACAACCCCACAACGUGUCAGCACUCUCCGUUCUCAACCUUGGGUUCUCUUUUAACAGCUCUCCUGUUCCCUCCUGCCUUCCAGUCCUUGCCCCUGGGCUGAUGUGCCCCUUUAGUCUCAUUUUGUUUUAUGGGCCUGUCCAAUCUUUAGCUGAAGGGUGAGCCUCGGCAGUGACUUCAUUACUGAGCUGAAAAGGUGUCUAGGGGCCAUACUGUCAGGGCUUCUCCAAGUAUCUGUCAGGCCAGCAAGUCUGGUCGUUCUUUUUGAGUUAGAAUUUUCUUCUACAUUUUUCUCCAGCUCUGUCCAGGACCCUCUAUUGUGAUCCCUGUCAGAGCAGUCAGUGGUGGUAGGCAGGUAGCCAGGACGACAUCUAGUUGUACUGAGCUCAGUUUGGUGGAGGCCAUGGUAGAUGUGGGCCAUUAGUCCUUUAGAGUAAUCUUUCCCUUGUAUCUUUAGUUUUCUUCAUUCUUCCUUGCUCCCAAAGGGGUGAGACCACUGGAGUAUCCUAGAUGGCAGCUCACAGGCUUUUAAGACCCCAGAUGCUACUCACUAAAGUAGCAUGUAGAACAUUUUCUUUAUAAACUGUAUUAUGCCAAUUGAGCUAGAUGUUCCCUGAGACCAUGGUUCCCACAGCCCAGCAAUUCAGUCCCUCAGGGAGUUUGGAUGUGUCUAUUUUGCUUCCAUGACCUUGCCUUGUAUAAGCUGUGCUGGCUUCCCCAGUAUUGUUUACUGCCUUACCCUUCACCAGAGUUACCACUUAUCUAUUGUCUAUUUAGGAUUUCACACUCAUUUUGGAAGAUACUUUUGCAGGAUAGAGAAUUUUAGGUUAACAGAUCUUUUUUUUUUCUCCAGUACUUUAAAGAUGUUGCUGUUGUCUUUUAGCUUGUAAUGUGCCCCUACCCCCACGCCCAAGACUACAUUAAAAUUUUCACGUUAUCAUUGGUUUUAAGCAAUGUAAUGUGCCUUGGUAUAAUUUUCUUCAUGCUUCUUAUGCAGGGAUUUAUUGAACAUCUUGGGUUUGUGGCUUUGUGGUAUUAUCAAAUUUGGGAAGGUUUCAACCAUAAUUUCUUCAAAUACUUUUUUUCUAUUACUCCCUGCCUCUUUGGGGACUCCAAUUAUACAUAUAUUAGGCUGAUCAGAACAAUUACAUUGAUAUAUUAUCUUUUUUUAGUCUUUUUUUCUGUGUUUCAUUUUGGAUAGUUUAUGUUUUCAGAAGUUCAUUAACUUUUUUCUUCUGCAAUGUCUAAUCUGCUGUGAAUUUGAUCCAGUGUAUUUUUCAUCUUGAAUGUCUAGAAAAUUGAUUUGGAGCUUUUUUAUUUUUUCAAGCUUUCCUUUACAAGCUUAUGCUUUUUUCUACCUUCUUGAACACUUGAAAUAUAGUUAUAAUAACUAUCUUAAUAUCCAUGCCUACCAAUCCUAUCCUUUUUGUCAUUUCUGGGCCUGUUCCUGUUGAUAGAUUUUUCUCUUCAUUAUGGUUUGUAUUUUAGUUCUCCUUUAAAUGUUAGAUAUUUUGAACAUUACCUUACUGGGUAAAAAAAAAAAAAAACCAGUUGCCACCGAGUCGAUUCUGACUCAUAAUGACCCUAUAGGACAGAGUAGAGCUUCCCCAUAGGGUUUCCAAGGAGUUCCUGGUGGAUUCGAAUUGCCAUCCUUUUGGUUAGCAGCCAAGUUCUUAACCACUAUGCUACCAGGGCUCCUUCUUAUUGGGUAAUGGAUAUUUUAUUUUUUUAAAUAUUAUUGAGCUUUGUUCAGACUCAGUUACUUGGAAAUAAUAUGAUCUAUGACUAAUUUUAGCUUAGUACUGAGAAAAUGCUCUUAUGAAUACCCCACCCAGUGUCCUGUGUAUUCUCCUUUCUGGCUGGGUGGAAGCAUUGUCCUGCUUGCUCUUCCUGGUGGUUUUUCUCUGGCCUUGGAUUUGUUUUUUAACAUGUAUGUGCUCAUCAGUACUCAGCUGAAGAAAUGAGGGGAACCCUCUACAAAUUUCCAGAGUACUCUCUCUAUUUUAGCUCUUUCCUAUCUGUUCAGCUCCUUCCUUUUUAGGUCUCUGUCCUGUGAAGCCUAGCUGCCUUACCUCUCCUAAUCUUCAGCCGCAUCUCCUAAAAGUCAGAACUCUGUUCAGUUUCGUCCUUUCUGUGUUGCAGUGUGAAAACUCUCUUUAGUCAAUAAGCUGAUUAUUUCUAGAGCAAGGUUGUUUCCUUCUUUCAAGGAUCACUGUUCUGCACUCCCUGUUGUCCACUGUCUGAAAAACUUGUUUCAUAUAUUUGAAUAUUUAUACUUAAGGUAGGAGGAUAGAUCUAGUCCCUGUUACUCUGUGUUGACUAGAAGCAGAAGUCUGGGAGUAGACCAUAAGAACUUCAAACCAAAAAACCAAACCCGUUGCUGUUGAGUCGAUUCCGACUCAUAGCAACCCUAUAGGACAGGGUAGAGCUGCCCCAUAGAAUUUCCAAGGAGCGCCUGGUGGAUUCCAACUGCUGACCUUUUGGUUAGCAGCCAUAGCUCUUAACCAUUAUGGCACUGGGGUUUCUAAUAACUUCAUAGAUAAAUAAAAAGUUACAGCUGUGGCAAGUUCCAUAAAGGAGAGCUAGCUGGUGCUGAGAGUGUUUAAUAAGAGAAUGUGAAAGUGUUGCCCAGUGAUCAUACCAUAUUCAAGUAAUCAAAUAAAAAGCAAUUAAGAACUGGACGAUAUGUUAUAUGUAUAUAUUACAAUAAAAAAAUCGAGAUAGAAUGUGAAACAUAUUUUAGAAAGAUCUACAUCAUAAGUAGUUAGUAAUCAUUUAUAUGUUAUGGGUGAUGAUUGCCUUGGAGUCAGUUCUUACUCAUGGCCACAGCAUGCGUUACAGAGUGGAACUGCUUGAUAAGGUUUUCUUGGCUGUGAUCUUAAUGGAAACAUAUCACCAGGCCUUUUUCCACAGUACCACUGGGUAGGUUUGAACCACCAACCUUUGGGUUAGCAGCCAGGAACAAAUGGUUUGUUAUCACUUAUCUAGGUGGCACAGUGGUUAAGUGCUUGGCUACUAACUGAAAGGUCGAUGGUUCAAACCCACUAGUGACUCCACGGGAAAAAAUAUCUGGUUAUCUGCUCCUGUAAAGACUAUAGCCUAGGAAACCCUGUGGAGCAGUUCUAGUCUGUCCUGUAGGGUCACUAGGAGUCAGAAUCAGUUCCAUGGCACACAACAACAGACAUUGCUACUUCGUUUGGCAUUGCAUCUAAUGGUACCUGACAGAGUGGAUAGUCAGUAAAUACAUGUUGAAGGAAUAAAUAAGGUAAUGAUACCAUGCUUCAUGUCUGAGAGUUAUGACUUAUGAAAAGGUCACUUGCAUUAACCAAAACCAAACCUGUUGCCAUCGAGUCAAUUCUGACUCAUAGUGAUCUUAUAGGACAGAAUAGAACUGGCCCGUAGGGUUUCCAAGGCUGUAAUCUUUAUGGAAGCAGAAGGCCACAUCUUUUUCCUACAACCAGGUGGUGGGUUCAAACCACUGAUGUUUCAGUUAGCAGCCGAGCACUUUAACCACUUUGCCACCAGGGCUCCUUUCACUUGCAUUAAUCAAACCUGUAGCUGUCGAGUUGAUUCCAACUUAUAGCAACCCUAUAGGACAAAGUAGAACUGCUCCAUGGAGCAGCUAGUGGAUUUGAACUGCCGACCUUUAGGUUAGCAGCCUGAGCUCUUAACCACUGCAUCACCAGGGCUCCUUAUGUGUAUCAGGAAAGUUCAAAUUCUCAGUUUGUAUUAAUAUCCAGAUACUAAUUUUAGCUUCCUGAUAUUAGUUUCCUAGGGCUGCCAUAAAAAAAUACCGCAAACUGAGUGGUGAAAAACAGAAAUUUAUUCUCUUAUAGUUCUGGAGGUUAGAAGUCUCAAAUCAAAGAGUCAGCAGGACUAUGCUCCAGCUGAAGGCUCUAGGGAGGAAUCCUUUGUUGGUUCUUUUGGUGGUUGCCAGCAAUCCUUGGCAUUCCUUGAUUUGUAGAUGCAUCACUCCGGUCUCUGCCUUCUUCUUCACAUUACCUUCUCCCCUGUGUGUCUGUGUCCAAAUUUCUCUUUUCUUAUAAGGACAGUAGUCAUUGGAUUAGGGCCCACCACAGUCCAGUAUGACCUCAUCUUAACUUGAUUAUAUCUGCAAAGAUCUUAUUUGGAAAUAACCACAUUCUGAAGUUCUGGGGAGACAUGAAUUUUGGAGGGACACUGUUUAAUCCCAUACAGGGUCCAAUGAAAGAAAUAGAAUGUUUUCUAAUAUUUAUAUAUAUAAAAAAAAAUUAUAUAGAGGAGAAUAUUUUCUAAUAUUUAUAUAGAGGUAAUAGCUUGUUUUGCUAUAGUGCCUGCCUCAGAGGAGUGAGGAAAUAGAUUAUUUUGUUAGCAUGACAAUAAAGAUUUAUGUCUUCUGAGAUUUUGAGUUGGUCACUGAGUUAUUCAGUAAUGAAGGAAAAACAAAUGUAAGCUGAGUUUUCAUUAUCAGACAUUAUUUUCUUCAGAAUACUGGAAAAGCACAGGCUGUAGAGUUAGUCAGGGUUUGAAUCCCUGAAAUACCAUUCGUAGCUUGUGACCUUUGGCUAAUUAUUAAAUCCCUCCUUUGGCUAAUUAUUGAAACAAGUCUUUUAUUGUUUUUUAUUAUCUCAUAACUUCUCUUAUUUCUUAGAGUUAUUUUGAGAUAUAAAUGAGAAUAUAUAUGUAAAGUAUUACAUGUCAUAGGAAUUCAACAGAUGUUAGUUUCUUCCUAUAACUUUAACUCUCUGUCCUUCAACAGUUUCAUAUUUGUAACAGUGUUUUUCCUGGAUCACAUGUUCCUUUGAUGCCUAGUGAAAUGGAGAGAGAAUGAGACUCGCUACUCAACUAGUCUUCACUACUUUUGAACAAUUACUAUAGCUUGUCCCAUGGCAGUUAUUUUUAAUUUUUGAGCUUUAAUUUUCAUCAUAUUACAGUUGAAGAUACCCAGUUGACAAACAUAUUGCCUAAGAUGCUUUAAUAAAUACCCAGUUGGCUUUUAUAGAUUUCAUGCUGCUUUUUAGUAAUUCCGUUGCUAUUAAAGAAACUUUUUAUUUGAGGCAUAUGAUUAGAAACUUAUGUCUAAUAAAUUUAGAAUAAAUGUAUAAAUAAUGGCAGGGUAAUAGAUUUUAACUGGAUGAAGGCUUGAAUGAUUUAUCAUUUAAUGAGGAUAUCAAUAAGUCCUAUUUAUAAGAUGUUAGGAUGCUUUUAUGCAGUUUUAUUUUAUUAUAUUUAAAAAAACCCACCAGUUUACUGACAAAUAUUUGGUUGUUCUUAUAUAUGAUGAUCCAGAAGAAAAAAGAUUGUCUGGUACUAUUGGAAUGUAUGUUGUCUUAGAAGUCACAUCAUUUUCAAGGCAAUAAUGAGUAUUUUCUAGAAUAAUCCAUACAACGCAUUUUAUAAAACUUGUUUUUAUGGAAUCCAGCACCUGUCUGACUAUGCCUGUGUUUGUGUGUAUGAAUACUGUACUGUUAAAGAAAGUAUAUACAGUGUCCUCACAGGUACACCUAGUUAGGGUGUUACAUUUUAAAAAUUGAAGCAUAACAUUUUCCUGGAAAAAUUUAUCAGAGGUGAAGACCAAGGAGUGUGGACCAGCUGUGACACUUUAUAUUAACAAUGCAUUUUAAGAUGUCUGAAAUAAUGAUGUUAUGGUUGAUUUUUGACAGAUUGGAAUUAUGUUGAAUGACACUCAAAGGCAAAUUGAGGUCAGUGCACAGAGCAUGAGUUUAAAAUGAUCCAGGCUGUUUGACAAGUACCGUUCUAGGUGAAGCUUUUCUGCUUGUCAAUAACUGGCUGUGUCACCUAGGGCAACUUGUGGAUCAUUUCCUCCUCUUUCUUUAGAUUUCCAGUGUGAGGUUUGCUCUAGAGUCUUAAUCUCUAAAGUUUCUCUUAGUACUAGAGAUUUGUAACUAGAUUAAAAAGAUUUCUUUUGAACUAUUCAGUAAAUUUUUAUUGCCCUACUACUUACCAGAUUUUGGCAUGUAAUAGGCUUCUUUAUCCAAAUAAGAAGUUCUUAAGUUAUUAGAUAGUGAGAGUUUUCAAAAUAAGAAUACAGUGUCUCAGAGUAUGUGAGAUUUAUUGAAGUUCUAUAGCAAAAGCAUAUUAAAGUCAGUACAGAACAGUAGAAAGAGCCCUGAAUUUAAAGCCAGAAGAUGUGGUUUCUCAUUCUGACUUCUUGAAUGCCAAGUCUUCAUUGUAAAAUGGUCUUGUUAAUACUUUGCUUUACCUAUUUUACAAGAUUCACUAUGAGUAUUAAACAAAACAGUCCAUGCAAAAAUACUCAGAAAGUAACAACUUACAUACCAAUGCAGACACUUUUAGCAUUUUGUUAUCCAGUUUGUGGUAUGCCUUCACCAUCUUGCUAUCUACUAUCUGACAUUUUGCCAAGAAAUGGAGAAAAUAAACCUGGUAAGAUUGUGAAACAUACAACUUCGGGCUAAAAUUGAAUUUAAGAUUUAUUAUGGACCUGUUUACUAUCUUUCCCUAUAAUUAAAAGAUGAUUGAAAUGAAUCAUACAUUGCCGCUCAGAAAUUGUGUUAAACAUUUCAGAAAAUUUCCCCAAACCCAUGUUCAAACAUCUGGAAAAAUUAGUUUACUAAUAAAUUUUUUUCAGUUGCAGUAGAGUCAGUUCCAAUUUAUAGCGAAUUUGUGUGUCAGAGUAAAACUGUGGUUCAUAGGGCUUUCAGUGGCUGCUUUUUCAGAAGUAGAUCACCAGGCCUUUCUUCUGAGGUGCCGCUGGUAGACUUGAACUGCCAACUUUUUGGUUAGCAGCGGAGCGUGUUAACCAUUUGCACUACCCAGUGACUUACUCUUUACAUACGGGGAGAUCUCAGAAACUCCCUGUUCAAUUUGAUUUGUACAGAUUGCUUUAGAGCAGAAUAUUGCUGCAUUUGAAGUUUGUGGUCUAAAACAUCCAAUCCAGCCAACAAGAAGGAUAGUGCAGGAGGAUAAAACUUCUAAAACAGACUGAAAAGCUCCAUAGACUGGUCAAAUUGCCAAGGAAAGAUAAAAACAGAAUACCUCUUCCCUCCUCUGCUGGCAAGGAACAACCUAUCUUCAGCACUCGAGCUCAUGUCUUCCAGAUUGACCCAAAUACAAAGAAGAACUGGGUACCCACCAGCAAGCAUGCAGUUACUGUGUCUUAUUUCUAUGACAGCACAAGAAAUGUGUAUAGGAUAAUCAGUUUAGAUGGCUCAAAGGCAAUAAUAAAUAGCACCAUCACCCCAAACAUGACAUUUACUAAAACAUCUCAGAAGUUUGGCCAAUGGGCCGAUAGCCGGGCAAACACUGUUUAUGGACUGGGAUUCUCCUCUGAGCAUCAUCUUUCAAAAUUUGCAGAAAAGUUUCAGGAAUUUAAAGAAGCUGCUCGACUAGCAAAGGAGAAAUCACAAGAAAAGAUGGAACUUACCAGUACACCUUCACAGGAAUCAGCAGGAGGGGAUCUUCAGUCUCCUUUAACACCAGAAAGUAUCAAUGGGACAGACGAUGAAAGAACACCUGAUGUGACUCAGAACUCAGAGCCAAGGGCUGAACCAACUCAGAAUGCAUUGCCAUUUUCACAUAGUUCAGCCAUCAGCAAACAUUGGGAGGCUGAACUGGCUACCCUCAAAGGAAAUAAUGCCAAACUCACUGCAGCCCUGUUGGAGUCCACUGCCAAUGUGAAACAAUGGAAACAGCAGCUUGCUGCGUAUCAAGAGGAAGCAGAACGUCUGCACAAGAGAGUGACUGAGCUUGAAUGCGUUAGUAGCCAAGCAAACGCAGUGCAUACCCAUAAGACAGAAUUAAAUCAGACAAUACAAGAAUUGGAAGAGACACUGAAAGUGAAGGAAGAGGAAAUAGAAGGAUUAAAACAAGAAAUUGAUAAUGCCAGAGAACUACAAGAACAAAGGGACUCUUUGACUCAGAAACUACAGGAAGUAGAAAUUCGGAACAAAGACCUGGAGGGACAACUGUCUGACUUAGAGCAACGUCUGGAGAAAAGUCAGAAUGAACAAGAAGCUUUUCGCAAUAACCUGAAGACACUUUUAGAAAUUCUUGACGGAAAGAUAUUUGAACUAACAGAAUUACGAGAUAACUUGGCCAAGCUACUAGAAUGCAGCUAAGGAAGGUGAAAUUUCAGUGCUAAUAGAUUAAAAGAUACAUUGUCUUUCUUCAUAGGACUGUUUGAGCUCUGCAUCAAGAUUGCACACACACAAAAAAAAUUAUUCCUCCAGGGGGAGGAUCUUUUGAAAAUUGGAAUUGUAUAUUUCAGUGUAAAAUUUAGAAUUCUGCUUAUAGCUAGUUGGGGAAAAAAAGAGAUGAAAAACUUGAACUACAAAUUACCUCCUUGUAUAUUAUUGGCCAUAGUUAACUAGCAAGUUAUAAAUAGAGAUUUAAUGCAAUCUUUUUUUUUUUUUUUUUUUCUGAUAUUAGCCAACGGGAGAAUUAACAAUGUCUAGGUCACAUCCCCUUUUUGUGUUCAACACAGUGAAGGUUAUCUGCUUUUUAAAUUAAUUUAUUUACGAUAUCUAGAGCUGUGUUUUGUGCAAAAACUUAGUGACGAAAGCCCUGUCUUUUGUUGUAAUCUGAAUAAUUUCUCAGGAUAUUUUUGCACUGCUGAGAAGCAGUGCCAUUACCAAUUAAUUCUUGCCAGGAGUGGGAGAGAGCUGCACCUUUAAUUGAACCAUACUUACUCGAACUGCGUGUAUAGAGUUCUUCCCUUUUUUUAUACUGGAAGAUAUUUCUCUCUGGUGACCACUCUGGUGUUCUCUAAUCUUGUCCACUGUAUAGUUUACUUUUCCAUAUUGAUUCCAUGUAUUUAUGAGAAGACACCAUCUCCCAUUUUAUUACAUAUUUUAAAGCCAACUAAUGAAGGCAGCUGAGUCCCUCAGAAAUUUUUCUUUUUAAAUUUCUAAUAAAUUUGACACACAGAACUGAACUACAGCAGCCCGUCAUGGACGGACUGGCCUAGCAAUGCUAAGUAUAUUUACAGAAUAUGCAGUUACAUUUAUUUAUAUAUUUUGCAAGAAAUCUUUUCUGAAUGAUCAAUGCAUUUCAAUUUAAGAAUAAUAAUGGUUAUUGGGGAACUGUUUAUUAUAGAUCAUUUUAAGGUGUAUAGCUCUUUUCAAGGGAAUCCAUUUACAUCCAACAGCCAAUCCAAGGACUGUGUCUAAAUUGUGAUUGUGGCAGGUGGAAAUGGAGACUUGUACCCUGCCUGGGUCUUCACAUCAACCACAUCUGUAUUCAGACCUCACAAGGCAAUAUUCUGAACUGUUAACUAGGCAUUUCAAAACAGGAAUUAAAUUCAAUAGGCUCUUCUCAGUGAACAGGUUUUAAUGUUCUUUUGAUGUAAUUUUAAAAGACUUUUAGCAAACAUGCAUUUCUUUAUAUAUUUCUUUUAAGAAGCUGUUUUAAAAGUAAGCCAAGUGCUGUCUAGUCUGCUUAUGGAAUAGGAAUUGCAUCAGAGUACAUAUAUUCUUGCUGUAAAUGCCUGUGAUGUUGAGGGAGGGUUUUUUUUUAAAGUGUAUGCUUAAGUAUCUGACUCUAUGAGAGUCUACAAAUGCACUGACUUUUUUGUUGUUGUGCCCCCAAAUGAUUGAAUUGUUAAGUACAAAAUUAAGCUAAUUAAUCAAUUUGUAACCAUUUUUUCACUCACAGCUAUUCAACACUAGACAAUUUUGUUUUAUAUGUAUGUGUAUGUACAUAAAUACAUACAUAUUAAUUUAUAUUAGAGUGAAAAUAAAUGGUUUGUUUCUAAAGUUAGUUUCUAAAGUGAGUUUCAGGUGUCUCUGAAAAGCUUAUAUCAGACACUCAAUCAUCAUGUAUUAUAUGUGCUAUGACAUCAUGUAAGUUACCUCCAUCUAUUUUAGGAUAAUUUUCUCACCUAUUUAUUAUAGGGAGAAUAAUUUAGGUACACAUGCUCAGAGCUGAGAUAUUUCUCUGAUAAAUCAGGUAAUAAAAUUUAUUUGAUUGAUGGGAUUUUGAAGUAGAUGUGAUUUUAUCCAUCAGUUUCUGAGUAACAAAGAGCACCAGGUUUUAAUUUAAAUAGGGGAUUUAUCACUAGGGGUCAGGGAAUUUAGUUAUGAAGAGUUAAAAAUUAAAAAAAAAAAAAAAAACAGUGUAAGCUGCGGAAAUGGUAAGUGAGUUAUUUUAAUGAUGUAAUAAAAAUAUUUUUAAAUUUUGACGUAGAUGUCAUUUAAUGGGAAAAUAACUCGCCCAAAUGUCUCCACUUGGAUUGUAUUGAUAUGUGAGACAUAUGUGUACUUCAAUAUAUACAUAUACCCAUAUGUAUAUACAGAAAAUUAUUUUUAAUAUUUUCCUACUGAUAUGAAAUUUAAAAUUGGAAAUUUUGUGAGUUUUUUCCAUGUCCAAUAGAGGUUAAUUGUUUCUUUUUUUUAGUGACUUAACAAUUUCUUGAGGGCUGCACCUUUUAAUUCCCAGAUUGUCAUUAGACAUGUACAGUACAUGGGAUAAGGUGGACACAAGUGCACAUAUAAAUAAAAUUCUUAUUAAGACUAUUUUCAACAUUCAUAUAUAGUAGGAGAGUAUCUAGAAAUCGUCAUUUACAAGUCAUAAUUAGGUUGUGUGCCUACUGUAGUUUUCUCCAUUUCUGUAUUAUAUGAAUAAAAGUUUGCAUAUGGAAAUUUGAUUUUCCCAGAGACAAGUAUUAUAUAAUGUAUCUAUAUUUAGAUCAAACUGUGGUAAUAUAUUUAUCAGAAAAUAAUGUUGGGAACUAUAGCCUGAACGUGUGAACUUGAAGUGACACAAGAGGAGAGCAGAGAUUGGUCCCAUUGUCUAUUAUAAGUUAUUAUAUGAUAACUAUGAAUUCUUGUAUAAAAAACAACUGAAAAAGAAAAACAAAAAUACAGUUUUUAUUUUGAAAUACAUUUGUUGUUCUCUGGAGAAUGUACUUUAUCUUUCGUUUUCCUUCAGUCUUUUACAGAUAUUUAAAAGCAUUUAAGUGAUGGCAGCAUUUACUUAAAUCUUACAGGUGCUACUGGAUUUUGCAUUAGUGUGUUAUGUUGUGAAAUCCUAACUUUGACAUAAAAGGUUUUAUAAGUAUUUCCCUGCCUGGAAAAUUAGUUUUUGUUCCCUUCUCUCUCUUUCUCAAUCACUGCCUCUUUCUAUUUUUAUCUUUCUGUCUAUCACUCUCCCUCUCUCUCUAGACUGAAAAAAAGUUCAAGAAGUUGCAUUUCUUCUUGUCCCCAUAGAACACCUUCAGCACCAUUUUAGGUUUGAUGUUUUUCUAUCAUCGAACUGUUGGGAAGCAGUUAGAGGAAAAAC